UCUCGGCUCGGUCACUCUCUCAAAUCACGUGAAAGUUGUUUGUGUCUGUGGGAAGCAGGUUCACUUUAACGAUUCGCUGUUGGAGGAAGUACAUUAAAUAGAUCGAAAAGUAGCUUGCUUAUCAUUUUUGUACUUACCUUAUUCCUUAGGCCUUCAACACAUUAUACUUUUUUAAAAAAAAGAACAAGAUGCAUAUUCUUCAUAAAGUUGCGUUGGUUGCACUUUUAGUAGUGUCGUGUGUACAUUCAAAAUCAGUGACGUUCAAGAAUUGUCCAGAUUCCAAAGUCAGUGAUGUAACAGAAGUAGAUGUCGAGCCAUGUUCGUCGGAUCCAUGCCAGAUUAAACGAGGAGUAUCAGUUGCAAUAAAAGUUACAUUCAAAGAAGUAAGCAAUGCAACAGAUGUUCAAUCUAAAGUGUAUGGAUACAUAGCAGGUGUGAAGGUUCCAUUUCCUCUGGACAAUCCUGAUGCAUGCACUAACUGUGGCCUAAAAUGUCCACUAACUGGUGGUACUAGUUACACCUUCAACUCAUCACUUCCAGUGAAAACAAUCUACCCUGCAAUUAAGCUCGUAGCACAGUGGGAACUUGUUGACUCCAAAGAAAAUGAACAAUUCUGCUUUCAAGUUCCUCUUCAACUUAUAUAAAUUCCAUAUGUAGUCAUGAUGUGCCUAUACAGUAUAUCAUAUUUAGGCAUGUCACAUGUUUUUGUCAAAUAAAAUGUGAUAGUCUUACAGGGCUUAAACGAUAAUAAUACUGUUGAGACAACAGCCAGCAGACAACAAAUUAAUGAAUCAAGAAUUAGAUCUAGAAAUUGGUAGUUAGCCUCAUAGGCACUUCUGAAUUCUUGUUGAAAAUAGUAGCAGAUCAAGUAAUCAAAAUAAGAGGACCCCAGGAGGGACUUUUAUCCAUGGAGGGGCUAGACAAUCUCAGCACAACCGUGGUUGGGGCUAAGGUAUCACUAUCGCACAUCUAGAUAGCCAGAAAUAUUAUCAUUCCCCAAUUUUCUAUUUUCCAAUAUUUAGGGGAUCUAGACCAGCUGGGACCUCCAUGAAUUCCUCCCCUGGACAGUACAAGAAGAUGCAUUAUUUGGGUCUAAUUUCUGUAUGUAUGCCUCCUUCAGUGUUUUUCAACUGCAGGGUACUGCUUUUUCAGAAUAAUGCUGGUAACUGUGAAAUUUAUGCAAUAAAAGCUAAAGGGUAAAUUCAUAAGCCAUAAGAACAGCACAUUAUUUCUAACUGGAUUAUGAUAUAAAAACGAUAGCUUGAUCUGUACAACUUAUUGAUGUAUGCGUGUAUCGUCCUCUGUGCUAACAGCUUAGAUUACUUCUGGAAUGAACAUUUUCCAGACCGUGCACACUCUGAAUGACUUGGUCAUACUUCAAUGCAUGAAUCACUAAUGUGGUGCAAGAUUGUAUUCCUGUUUUAGAGAGGUAUAAUACUGUAAAACCAUGAAUAGAAGCCCAUGGACUUCAUCUCAAGAAGUAGUCCAUUUCAAAAAGAAGCCCCACCAUUCUCUUCAGUUUGCAAAAGUAAUCUGGAAAGGAAGCCCAUGGGCUUCUAAUCAAGAUAAUACGGACUUCUGACGUUAUCUUUGGUUAUUAUGAUAGUGAUAUUAUUAUUUCAUUGUAUUAGCAUGGUUAAAAUUUUAAAAUAAUAAACAUAAUUUUGUGUUCAUUAGUUGAAAAAUGUGAUAUAGGAGCGAUUCCGAAAUUUACAGAAUUAAUUUUGAAAGCCCCCCCCCCCCUCUUUGGUUUAUGAAAGUAAUCUCGAAAAUAACCCCAUCCAAGGGUCCUAAAAAAAAACAAAGCAAGCAGCCCAGGGCGAUCCUUUUUGAGGUUUAAAUGUAGCUAGUUCUCAAUUUGUUCAUUACAACAGGAACAUCAAUGGCAAAAUUUGUUUGUAGCAGCUGAAAUUGAACAGUGAUCAGAUCAUAAAUAAAUGUAAUACUGUAGUAGCCAUUUUAAUUUAUUAGGAAAAAAAUGUUAAGUACUAUACUUGAAAUUGGUGAUAAGUAUUAUUAGGUAUUGUACAGCUGCAGGUUUUGUUGUUUUGUAAUGUUUCCACAGUGAAUUUAUAAGUAAAUUAACUUUCUAUGAUUGAGAUAGAUGUGAAUUUUUUUAAAUAAACAAAAUGUUUAUGCUCUUAUGCUAACAA